AAUGCAGCAGCGGCAGCAGCCCCGGCCGACACGCGCACGCGGAGAGCGCUCGUGGCUGCGGGGCGCCCGGCGAGCCUCUGUCUCUGCACAGCCGGCGCGCCAGGGAGCCGCCGCCCGGAGCGCAGGAUGAGCACCGGCCUGAGGUACAAGAGCAAGCUGGUCAACCCAGAAGAAAAACAGGACCACGAGAAGCAGUAUGUGGGAUUCGCCACCCUGCCGAACCAGGUGCACCGGAAAUCCGUGAAGAAGGGCUUCGACUUCACCUUGAUGGUAGCCGGAGAGUCGGGCCUGGGGAAAUCCACCUUGGUGAAUAGCCUGUUCCUGACCGAUCUUUACAAAGACAGGAAGCUUCUCAAUGCAGAGGAGCGAAUCAGCCAAACAGUGGAGAUCCUGAAACACACCGUGGACAUCGAGGAGAAGGGCGUCAAGCUGAAGCUGACGAUAGUCGACACCCCGGGCUUUGGAGAUGCUGUUAACAACACUGAGUGCUGGAAGCCCAUCACCGAUUACAUCGAUCAGCAGUUCGAACAGUAUUUCCGUGACGAGAGCGGCCUGAACCGGAAGAACAUCCAGGACAACCGAGUGCACUGCUGCCUCUACUUCAUCUCGCCCUUCGGACACGGGCUGAGGCCGGUGGACGUUGGGUUCAUGAAGGCUCUGCACGAGAAGGUGAACAUCGUGCCCCUGAUCGCCAAGGCCGACUGCCUGAUCCCCAGUGAGAUCCGGAAGCUAAAGGAGAGGAUCCGGGAAGAGAUCGACAAGUUUGGGAUUAAAGUUUACCAGUUCCCAGACUGCGACUCUGAUGAAGAUGAGGAAUUCAAACAGCAAGACCGGGAGCUGAAGGAGAGCGCUCCCUUCGCCGUCAUCGGCAGCAACACGGUGGUGGAGGCCAAAGGCCAGAGAGUGCGUGGGCGGCUGUACCCGUGGGGCAUUGUGGAAGUGGAAAACCAGGCACACUGUGAUUUCGUGAAGCUGCGGAACAUGCUGAUCCGGACGCACAUGCACGACCUGAAGGAUGUCACCUGUGAUGUUCACUAUGAGAACUACAGAGCUCAGUGCAUCCAGCAGAUGACCAGGUGGGCGCCCGUUGGCGGUGCUCUUCUCCUGUGCAGAGUCAAGGGGAGGUUGCGGAGGAUGCAGGAGAUGCUGCAGAAGAUGCAGCAGCAGAUGCAGGACCAGUGA